GACAGUAAAAAGCCUUUCCCUGAUCAGCACACAACUCAUUCAUACAGUACAACACCAACCUCAACAACACCUCUGUCUGACACACAAAGAUAAUUCAAGCAUUGAGAUUUCUUCUCAGAGUCCAGCAGGAUGACUGAAGCCCACGAUGUGUUUAAAAACAUCCAGCGAAAGCCUGGCCUGCAGAUCUGGACCAUCAAUAAAAUGCAGAUGGUCACUGUUCCAGAGCAAGCAUUUGGGAAUUUUUUUGAGGGCGAUUGCUACAUCGUACUUAAUGUAAACAACAACCCUGCACAAUCCAUUGACAUCCAUUACUGGAUAGGCAGCAGUUCCUCUCAAGAUGAGCAGGGAGCAGCGGCCAUCUAUGUGACCCAGCUGGACGAGAAUUUCGGCGGCAGUCCUGUUCAAUACCGUGAGGUUCAGGGCCAUGAAUCUGUAAAAUUCAAAAGCUACUUCAAAAAUGGCCUCAUUUAUAAAAAAGGUGGAGUGGCAUCAGGAUUCACUCAUGUGGAGACCAACGUGUACAAUAUUCAGCGCCUACUUCACGUCAAAGGAACCAAACAUGUGACUGCCAGAGAGGUGGAGGUGUCCUGGAACAGUUUUAAUCUAGGGGAUGUAUUCCUGCUGGACAUGGGAAAAGCUAUAAUACAAUGGAAUGGUCCUCAAAGCAACAGGCAAGAAAAGUUAAAGGCCGUUAUGUUGGCUCAGGACAUCAGGGACAGAGAGAGAGGAGGACGGGCUCAGAUUGGUGUAAUUGAGGGUGCACAAGAGGAAGCUUCUCCUGACCUAAUGAAGGUCAUGGUCUCGGUUUUGGGUCAGAGGAUCGGUCAAAUGAAAGAGGCAAUACCUGAUGACAAACCAGGACAAAACCAGAUCUCCAAUGUCAAACUCUACCAGGUGUCAGAUGCCAGUGGUCAGCUGUUGGUACAGGAAGUGGCUGCCAGUCCACUCACCCAGGAUCUGCUGUGUUCCUCUGAUUGCUAUAUUUUAGAUCAAGGUGGCACCUCGAUAAUGGUCUGGAAGGGAAAAGGAGCUUCCAAUGAAGAGAGGCGCUCGGCGAUGGGCCGGGCAGUUGGCUUUAUAAAGGCAAAGAACUACCCAGCCAGCACCAAAGUGGAGGUCAUGAGUGAAGGAGGAGAAUCUGCCAUGUUUAAACAGCUCUUCAAGUCUUGGACAGGAAAAGGUCAAACUCAAGGCCUGGGAAAGACACACUCAGUAGGAAAGAUAGCUAAAGUGGAUCAGGUUAAGUUUGACGUCAUGGAGCUUCACGCCCAGCCGAAACUGGCUGCUCAGGAGCGGAUGGUAGACGAUGCCUCAGGACAAGUUCAGGUUUGGAGGAUCGAGAAUCUUGAACUCAAGGAAGUGGAUCGAAGCACUUAUGGACAGUUUUAUGGAGGAGACUGUUAUCUAGUCUUGUACACCUACAACAGAGCCAACAAACCUCAGUACAUCCUCUACAUCUGGCAGGGUCGUCACGCCACACAGGAUGAGGUGACGGCAUCCGCUUAUCAGGCAGUCAAUUUGGAUAAUAAAUACAAUGGAGCCCCAACACAGGUCCGAGUGGUCAUGGGAAAAGAGCCCAGACACUUCAUGGCCAUCUUUAAAGGCCGACUCAUCAUCUUCGAGGGUGGCACAGGCCGGCCGGGUGUUGUGAACCCUGAUCCUGCUGCCAGGCUCUUCCAGGUCAGAGGAACACAUGAGCUUAACACAAAGGCCACAGAAGUUCCCGCUCGAGCCUCUUCUCUCAACACCAAUGACGUCUUUCUGCUCAAAACACAUCAGACUGUUUUCCUGUGGUACGGCAAGGGCUGCAGUGGAGAUGAGCGAGAGAUGGGCAAAGCUGUGGCUGAUCUGCUCUCUGGUCAAGAUAAGCAGACUGUGAUGGAGGGUCAGGAACCAGCUGCUUUCUGGGUGCCUCUGGGAGGAAAAGCUCCAUACGCCAGUGACAAAAGACUGGAGGAAGAGGUGUCACUUCACGAGCCCCGUCUGUUCGAGUGCUCCAAUCAGACGGGUCGAUUCCUCAUGACAGAAAUGGCCGACUUCACUCAAGACGACCUGGAUGAGGAUGACGUCAUGCUGCUCGACACCUGGGAUGAGAUUUUCCUGUGGAUUGGCAACUCGGCAAACCAGUACGAGAUCCAGGAGUCCAGCAGCAGUGCAGUGGAGUAUCUGAAGACUCAUCCGGCAGGACGGGACCCCGGGACCCCCAUCACCACUGUUAAACAAGGCUACGAACCGCCAACCUUCACCGGGUGGUUCAACGCCUGGGACGCGCACAAGUGGAGCGGAGGCCUUUCAUAUGAAGAGAUGAAAAGCAAGCUGGGUGAUGUUUCACAAAUCACUGUGAGUCUCAACAACACAGACUUGAAUAAGAAGCCAGGAGGAGGUGUGGGAAACUACAGCGCUCCUGGGGGACCGGGGAGUAUACGCUCCCACAAUCAGAGGAUGUCCAGUGUACAGUUCGGAGAUGGGUCUCAAAACAGAGCGAAGCCAUCUGGGAUGCAAAAUUCAGAGCAGCUUGUUAAAACGCCAAAUCAGCAUCCUCAAGGACUUGAUCCUGAAAAACGAGAGGAGUAUUUGUCUGAUGCAGAAUUUGAGAAUCUCCUCGGCUGCACUCGUGCCAAUUUCCAGCGUUUGCCUAAAUGGCGUCAAAAUGACCUGAAAAAGAAGGCAGGACUCUUUUGAUUAACCUUUUCACCAACAAGAUGAAGACCUUCAUACCUGACUAUGCACUGGAUGGUUAUUUUAAGAUGGCAGGCUGUCACUAUUAUACUUUUAUUUAUUCAUUAAUGCCUCUAAACAUUUAACGGCUAACAUUUAAAGGUGCAAUCCAAUAGAAAUGCAAUGUAAAUAUACUUUACAAAAUUGUGAGGUUACCCAGUCACUUGAAACACAUUGUGAAUGCUGUUUAGUACAAAUAAAAACACACUGUAUGCCAAGAUACAAUCGUUCUG